AUGUCUCGACCCUCCGCCUCGCUCCCCUCACACACCCCCAUGGAAGUUCGCAAUGCGGGCGCACCAUUGAAGGCCAAAUCGUGGCCAGACUCGCAAUCGCCCUCGCAAUCGCCCUCGCAAUCCCAGUCGCAAUCCCCCGAUUCACAGUCUCCAUCACAACCCCCGUCGCACUCAAGACCUCCCACUUCCGAGCCUGCCCCGCCCCGAAAGCGCGUCCGCCGCUGGCACCAUCGCGGAUUUACGGGCUGCUCAACCUGUCGCCGUCGCCAUGUUCGCUGCGACGAGGCUUCUCCGACUUGCAAAAACUGUACGCGCCUAGGGCUUGAAUGCGAUGGAACACAGGGUCGUAUGACCUUCAAGGUCUACGGACCAUCCCAAGUGCAGGAUGAGCCCAAAAAGCAGAAGAAGGGCAGUAGCAGCCCGGACUCUCCGGGCGAGUCGUGCUUCACGAGCACUUUCGCUGUGAAAUGUAGUGGCGAUAAAAAGGUGGACUGCGAAGCUCUGGUCGUCUCACCAUUAACUGUGCCGCAAUGGUCAGGGCAGACUCAAUUCCGUUUCCAGCAGCCCAUUUUCCAUGCGAACCUUCCAUCUUUGACGAUACAAUGUACCGACGAGCAUUACUUUUCCCAUUUCGUCAACCAGGUGUCGAGUCUUUUGAUUAUCUAUGACACACAUAUCAAUAUCAAUCCAUACCGCAGCUAUUUCCCGGAUUUUGCGCGGUCGUCUCCCUCGAUGAUUGGCGCGAUGCAGGCCCUCGGCGCAUUGCAUCUGGCAAAUACCUCGGUCGGUGCGGAGCGCAAUCAACAUUUCCAGCAGGCUAUGGGGAAGUAUGGACAGGUAGUGAAGAUAUUUCGGGAUCGGUACGCGCUUCCUAACGGACAGCUUGGGAUGAGGGACUUUGCGACGUGCUUGUUGCUCUGUCUGUUCGAGAUGAUGGACUCGCAACACCAAAAUUGGGACGUCCACCUCAAGGGCGCGCGCGAAAUCUACAACCUCCUCUUCUACCCGCACACCAGCAACGCUGCCCGCGAGGCAGAACGUAUCGCCGAGAUCAACCAUCCUCUCCGAUCAUUCCUCGUCUCCUUGCUCUCAUAUUUGGAUGUGGCUGGUGCAUGUGCGAGACCAGGUGGAACGAUAGUAACGGGAAGUUAUUGGAAGACCCUUGGAGGUGGAUGGGAAUAUAAUCUAGGAAUACCGAGUCUAUCGACCUCGCCUCUCCCGGAUGAUCCACGCUUGUUGGAAUUACGACAAGCAUGGUCUACCAUGAUGGAAGUUCAGGCGGCGAUCAGCACCUUUGCCCGUGACAAAGAGUGGAUGUCCCCAGAUCACCAGGAUAUGGUGUACAAAAAGAUCUUCCACCAGCUGGUAGUUUGGCGUGAGAGUACACCGAUCAGUCUACAGUUGCUUGGAGAUAUGGAUCUCGACGAUGAGACCUUGCGGAGAUUCCCGUACCCCGAUAUGUUGGAAUACGUCGGGUGCGUGGAGGCCUACGAAAAGGCAACGUUUAUCCACCUGCAUCAGAUAGCUGGAGCUGGUCGACCAGGUUGGAUCACCGAUCGGGCAUACCUGGAUAUGCUGAUCACGCGCGUUCUUACUCUGAUCCGCAAACUAUCCAAGGACGUGGGUCAGUUGGCUGUCUUGUGGCCUCUGUUCAUCGCUGGUCAGGAAACUCGCAAGGAAGACGAGCAGCUAUAUGUUCAGCAGACAAUGCAUGAGCUGAAACGAUUCGGCUUCAGGAAUGUUGACAAAGCUCUGGAGCUCCUCGAAGGAGUUUGGUUCAAGCGACGCGCGUUUCCAGAAGGCUGGACGGAGACGCUGGAAGAAAUCCAGACAAAUAUCCUCUUGCCUUGA